AUGAAGAAACAAAAAACACUUGAGAAGGAGAUUAAUUUUCAGACUCAAGCAGAAGCAGAUCGAUACUUUGAAAUUAUCCAAACAAAGGAAAUAAAUAGACAUAACAAAACAAUGAAAAAACUCGAAGAAAUGCAAGAACUGAGAAUGCAAAAUAUUCAAAACCAAGAAAAGGAAUAUCUCAAAAAACUUUCGGAAUUGCAAAUUAAAUACAAACGCCAAAAAGAUAGAAUAUCCAAGAAACAUCAAGAUUAUCUUUCAGCAAUUCAGGAAACCUAUGCAUAUCAAGCUAAACCAACUGUUAAACGAAUGGAUUAUGAUUAUAUUGAUGCAGUUGCAUACGAACUUAAGAAACUAAUUGCCCAAGAUUGCCGCGGUGGAGUAUUCAAGACGCAGAAAGAAAAACUAAGAACAAUAAACUCAGAAGUCGAUGCUUUAAUAAGGCAAACAAAGUGA